UACCCACGGGGGUGUUGGAGUCAUCGUCCCUGGAGGUGUUCAAGGAAAGAUUGGAUGUGGCACUCAGUGCCGUGGUCUGGUUGACCACGGUGGUGCUGGCUCACGUGGGACUCGAUCGCCUCAAAGAUCUUUUCCAACCUGACUGAUUCUUGUGAUUCUGCAAAGCGCAAGCUGGCGGGAGAAAGGAAAUUAAUCCAGGAUGUCUGUGUUCUGCACUGUGAAAGCUGAGUCCGGAGACCAUUUAAAGGAAAAUAAUUGCAGAAAACAAAUAAAGAAAAGGAACCUGAAAGAACACACAGAGAUUUUGAAACAAGAAGUGUGAAACAAAUCCUUCUCCCGUUCAGGCCCCCAGCUGUGCAACAUGAUUGAGCCCUUGAUCUGAUACUUCCUCUGGAGGAGAGACAGGCAUCAUGAAACAGAGAUUUAUUUCAUCAGUUCAAAUUAUUUUGCAGCUUGCUCUGACUACAGUAGGUCUGACUGGUCAAUCGUACCCUGGAAAACCUCAGAUAAUAAGAUGUCGUUCUCUAGAAAAGGAAACUUUUUCAUGUUGGUGGAAGCCUGGCUCAGAUGGAGGACUUCCUAGCAAUUACACUCUGUUCUACAGCAAGGACAGUGAAGAAAAAAUCUAUGAAUGUCCGGACUACCUAACAUCAGGUCCAAAUUCCUGCUACUUCAAUAAAAACCACACUAAUCCCUGGACAACAUACAUUAUCACUGUAAUGGCAACAAAUGAGAUUGGAAGUAACAGCUCAGAUCCUCAGCAUGUGGAUGUAACUUCCAUAGUUCAACCAGAUGCUCCUGUGAACCUCUCUCUAGAAACAAACACAUCUGCUAACGUGUCAUGCCUUUGGGCAAAAUGGUCUCCACCCCCAUUAGCUGAUGCCAGUUUUAAUUCACAUGUAUAUCACUAUGAGUUACGACUAAAGCCUGAGGAAAAAGAAGAGUGGGAGAUAGUAUCUGUAGGAAUGCAGACACACUACAAGGUGACCAGCCUGCAAGCUGGGGUGAAGUACAUUGUUCAGGUGCGUUGCAUGUUAGACCUUGGAGAAUGGAGCGAGUGGAGCUCAGAAAGAACCAUUCAGAUCUCUAAAGAACAGUUACCUCCUGAAAAGCCUAGAAUAAUAAAAUGCCGUUCUCCUGAAAAAGAAACAUUUACUUGCUGGUGGAAACCUGCUUUGGAUGGAGGACUCUUGACCAACCACACUUUGCUUUACAGCAAAGAAGGAGAAGAAAAAGUUUAUGAAUGUCCAGAUUACAAAACUGCAGGCCCCAAUUCAUGCUACUUUGAUAAAAAACACACCUCUUUCUGGACCAUAUACAAUAUUACUGUGAUGGCAACUAAUGAAAUGGGAAGUAAUGUCUCAGAUCCUCAUUAUGUCGAUGUGACUUACAUAGUACAGCCAGAUCCUCCUGUGAAUAUAACUCUGGAAUUAAAAAAGUCAAUAAAGAGAAAACCAUAUCUGGUCCUGACAUGGUCUCCACCCCCACUAGCUGAUGUCAGAUCUGGAUGGCUUACCCUUGAAUAUGAAUUGCGACUAAAGCCUGAAGAAGGAGAGGAAUGGGAGACUAUUUUUGUUGGACAGCAAACACAAUAUAAAAUGUUUAGUUUAAAUCCUGGAAAGAGGUACAUUGUACAGAUUCACUGCAAACCAGACCACCAUGGAUUGUGGAGUGAGUGGAGCCCAGAAAUGUAUAUUGAGAUCCCUGCUGACUUUAGAGUAAAAGAUAUGGUUGUGUGGAUCAUUGUUGGUGUCCUGUCAUCUCUUAUAUGCUUAAUCAUGAGCUGGAUAAUGAUCAUGAAAGGGUACAGAAUGAUGGCCUUUAUCCUGCCACCAGUUCCAGGACCAAAGAUAAAAGGCAUAGAUACACAUCUGCUGGAGACAGGAAAAUCUGAAGAAUUACUGAGUGCUCUUGGUUGCCAUGGUUUCCCUCCAACAUCAGACUGCGAGGAACUACUGAUAGAAUAUCUGGAGGUAGAGGACAGUGAGGAUCAGCAACUCAUGCCAAGUCAUGACACUCCCAGUAAAAAUACAAAAAUUGUACUCAAGGAAACAGACAAUGACUCAGGCAGAGGGAGCUGUGAUAGCCCUUCUCUCCUCCCUGUGAAGUGCAGGGAAUCCCACAGCCUUCCAUCUACUCUUCAAACACAAGAUGUAAGAGCUAAAGAAAAGAAAGGAGGAAAGGGGAGCUGGGAAACCCAGUGUAUGGCUUCAGAACAGAAAACGCUCUCUUGUAAUAACAGUGAGGGUAUGAAGUCAUGCACAUGGCUGGCAGCUAAGUUACCCAGUAAUCAGGCUGCUAUGUUUGCCUACCACAGCACUGUGGAGGCAUUCAAGAUAACACUGAACACCACAAAUGUGAACACUUCACCAGUUUUGGUGGGAAAUGAAGAAAAUCAUCAGUCACUAUAUCCUCUUGCUGAAACUGUGUAUGAUGACAUGGAAAAGAUAAGUGAGAUGGAGUAUUCCAGAACUGACCAAACCACAGCGCAGGUCAGACAAAACCAACAUAAUGACAAGUCACCUUUCCUGAAUCCUAAACUAAUGGACUAUGUAGAAGUUCAUAAAGUUAGACAAGAUGAGGAACCAACACUAUUCCUGAAACAUAAAGAAAAUAGUGGAAAGACCAAAAAAUGCACUGUUCCAGGAACAAGCAAAGAAUAUACCAAGGUAUCAACAGUUGUGGACCACCACAUUUUAGUAUUAUUGCCAGAUCAUGGUGCCCAGAAUACACCUGUAUCUCAAGAACCUGUAGCAGAAACAUCUCAGAACCCUCAGCAAAGUCAAGCUGAGAAGAAUACGAGCUACAGCACAACAGCUCCAAGCGACUCCAGAAGAGACACCAGUGGAUCAGACUACAUGGACCCAUCUUCCUUUAUGCCCUCCUUUAAAUAAAUUUUCAGUGCAGCACAUACUUAGUAGUUACACACAGUAAAACAAAAUCACAUAGAAAACUGUUCUAUAAAAAAGCCUAGCCUUCAAAACUUAGCCUCUUGGGUGCAUUGUACAGGUAAUAAAAUAAUCUGUGAGUUGAGGUAAUAGUUGUGGGAGUAAAUCCUGGAUCAUUAGCACACAUUUCUGACACAGUGAAAUGAGGAAAUGCAUCUUGUCUGUAAUGAAAAAUGCACUGGAAAAUAAUUAUUCAGUUCUGCAAAACUUCAUCAGGUUGAUGAAGCCUGAGAAAGUACCACAGAUUCAACAAAGAUGAAAAUUUUUAUGGGUCAGUCAACAAACCAUAGUGAUCCUACAAUUCCUACAUUAGAUAAAUCAUUGCACAACAGUAUUCUUACCUAAAAUGCAUUUUCUUCUGAAUGCAUUCUGACACUUGAUUAAGUUUCCUUUAUCUUUUUUCUCAGUCUUUGAGAAAAAGGAGCUCUGUACAUGACAAAUCAUAUAUAAAGGAAAAUAUAUUCUACAAAUUGCAGUAAAAUAACAAAUUCUUCUAAAUAUGUUUUUGCCUUGGUUCAAUGUGACAAAAAUCUGCAUCCCAUUCAUAUCCUAGUCCUGACAAACCAAAAUGAAAAAGAAAGCAGGAUAAUAUAUGAUAUACUGCCUUACUGUAUAUAAUAUAAAAUUUUACUUUAAUAUAAGCCCUUAUGUUUAA